AUGAAGCUUCUCACUCUUGCAAGAUCAUUUUUCCACCGAAAACAUCGAGGAAACCUCUCCUUGCGUGCGGAUAAAGUACAAAAUGAGUAUGCGGAUUACCAUCAGUACAGCUCGGUCGACUAUGGUGACUACAGUUGUGUAGAAAGCACGUCGACCUAUGGCGCACUACCUUGUAAAAAUGCCACCCUUGCUCCGGACAGCAUCAAACAUCUUGUUCUCAUUCAUCGCAGUGAUGGACGACUGAAAUUUAAAGCAUCCUGCGAGAAUGGAGAGAUCAGCGAUAUGAUUAACGUUGGUGAUCAUCGACUUCUGUACUCUUAG